CAGGCUGUGCGGAAGCUGAUGAACAGCAGCUUGUCACCGGAGCCGAUAGCUGCUGCUGCUGCUGGUCUGAAACAACUGAAACAUUUAUAGGUAAAAGCGUCUCCAAGUGCAGGUGAAACCAGCUCCCGACGGAACAUGGACGACGACGUGCUGACGACGCUGAAACUGUUGAUAAUCGGCGAAAGCGGCGUCGGAAAGUCCAGUCUCCUCCUGAGGUUCACUGAGGACACUUUUGAUCCAGAGCAGUCAGCAACAAUAGGUGUUGACUUCAAAGUAAAGACUCUGGCUAUAGAUGGGAACAAAGCAAAGCUGGCCAUAUGGGACACAGCUGGACAGGAACGGUUUCGCACCCUGACACCCAGCUACUACCGCGGCGCGCAAGGAGUCAUACUCGUAUAUGAUGUCACAAAGCGUGACACAUUUACGAAGCUCGAAAACUGGCUGAACGAACUGGAAACCUACACGACGCGCAACGACAUUGUAAAAAUGCUGGUUGGGAACAAAAUUGAUAAGGACGACCAUGAAGUGGACAGAAAUGAGGGGUUGAAAUUUGCUCGAAAACACUCGAUGCUUUUUAUUGAGGCCAGUGCAAAAACCAAAGACGGCGUCCAGUGUGCCUUUGAGGAACUUGUGGAGAAGAUCCUCCAGACUCCAGGGCUUUGGGAGAGCGAAACCCAGGGUCAGAAGGUCCGUCUGGGGGAUCACGAGCAGGCCAGGGCCGGGGCAUGUGGAGGUUACUGCUCCAUACCCUGAAAACGGACUGAACAAAGAAAAAAAAAAUGAAGCACCAACCUGAUAGGAAUGACUACGGACCAGAAAGAGAGCGACAGGUGGAUGAGCACUUCUAAUAAGUUCAUUGUGGGAGUAAGUUCUGUCGGUGGAGAAAAAAACAAAAUCAUUGCUGUUUGCACACUUCUUUUUCAACCGUCAUCUGUAUCGUGUCACUACUUUCUGUUAAAAACAUGAAUGAAAGAAUCAGGCAAGACGUAGCCUCUCGUCUGAGGAGCGUAUAGUGUUUUAAAUUCACUCAACCAUGCCAAGUAUACGUGAGCACAUGUCUGGUUUAAAUUUAUCUCAUUGGCGAGAGUGGUCCAGUUGUACAUUAAGACAUCAGGUUACUAGCAUAGUGCCUCUAACACAAACCAAUUUGUAGGUUACAGCCUGUCAAGUUUUAUUCAGAAUAAUUAAUUCUAAUCAAUAGUGAAAGUCUCCUCAAUCCUUUCUCUGACAGGGAAAAAGCUUGUUCCGUUCUUUGUGCUUUCUUGGCAUACAUAACUGCAAAGUACAAAAUGUCCUACUAUACACACUAUAGGAAGCUUUAUGAAACACACACCGCACAGUUUGGGUUGUUAACGCAGGUUGCAUUACACACCAGAACACUGUGAAUACUCCCAAAGAAGACGUUACCCAUCAGACCCCAGUUACUGACACCGAGUCGAUCUUCACGGUCAACACUAGACUUGUUUGUUUGAUGGUGAUUUCCAUCGAAUUCUGCGCUUCAGAAUGUAUAGGCGCUUUCAAAUGGACUUCUUGUCUCCUCAGCUUAGAAAACAGUCAUGAUCUUUGUGUCGUAGGGUUUCCUUGCAACCCAACCAGUCUUUGCAUCUGGACCAUCUCUUCCAGAGCCGCAAGGUUUACAGUAUCAAGAGCUCUUGCAAUAAAUAAAUAAAAAAAAAUGUCCCUUUUAUUCACUUGAGCUCACAGUUGUUCUUGCUCUGCUCUUUUUAAGUAAACGGCCUCAACUCGACCCUGUUAUCUAUAUAGUUUUUUUCACUUUUUGUAGUUUCCUGUCUGCUAUGAUCCAUUUUACGUUUCACCGACUCAUUAAAGGCAUUUCUCACACGUAGUACGAGAACAUUCCCAGAAGCUUUGUUCCUUACUAUCUCCAGUAUAUUUACGAUUUCAUGUAUUGUUUGUAUUUGCUUGUUUAACCUGUUUUUUUCCCCCCUUGCUGUCCUUUGAUUUCUUUUUUUUUUCCUGUUGCUUUUGCUGUGCAUCUGUUUCAAUCAUACGCAGCAAUAUGUUAAAUCGAUAUCUGCCUUAAUAAUAUUGAAAGACAUUUGCGAGAGUUAUGGUCGAUUAACGUUUGAAUUGUUUCAAACUUGAAAUAAACGUCAACCUCAAGAUGCCGUCA